GUUUGAUCAGGACUCACCAGUCCUUUCUCCCUCUCUAGAGCUUUAUCUUUCUCCUUUGUUUCGAAAUGAGCCAGAUUGUGUACAGAUCAACUGCCAUGGAGUCUAACCGAGCUACGGACUCGGAGACUAUCAAGUUUCUCUGUAGCUAUGGCGGAAAGAUCCUCCCUCGCUCUACCGACGGCAACCUUCGCUAUGUCGGCGGUCUCACCCGUGUCCUCGCCGUCGAUCGCUCUAUUUCCCAUGCAGAGUUAAUGGUUAAGAUCGGUGAGUUCUGUGGCUAUUCCGUUACUCUGAGGUGUCAGUUACCGAGCGGAGAUUUGGAAACCCUAGUUUCAAUCACCUCCGAUGAAGAUUUGGCCAAUAUUAUUGAAGAAUACGAUCGAGCUUCGUCGUCGAUGUCCCAUCCUCCGAAAAUCAGAGCUAUUCUUUCGCCGCCGAAAUCUCUCAAGAAAAUCUCCCCUCCUCCAUCGUCUACUCCCAGCGACGUCGAUUCCUAUGCGUACGGAUCUCCGUUCGUAUCGGCCGGUUUGUUGAAGAACUCGGUGGCAUAUCACCCCGUCCCGCGUACUCGGAAUUGCUCCGAAAAUGCUUAUCUCUAUAAUUGCCAUAUCCAGGAAAACCCUAGAGUUCUGUAUCCGUAUUCCUGGGGUGUUCCUCGCUGCAAUCACUUGCGCCGGGGCCCCAAAAUAUAGACACAUAUCAAGGAAAUUACACACAAAGCAAAGAUAAAUUGAGGGGUGUCAGAAAAAUUAGUACAAUACAUUAAAAAAAUAAGAAGAGGUGAGUGUAUAUACCUGAAUUAAAUGUCGUGAUUUUGAUCGGAUUUUGAAGGAUUUUUUCAAUGAGUUCUUACAAGA